CGGGGUGAGUAUAUGUUAGCGGCCAUUCUCCCAGCUCGAUGAGGCCCCUAUGCUUCCCCCUGGCACUGUUUGCCAACAUCUUGUGCCUGGGUCAAACCUACACCCUGAGAAGCUCGGUGUCCUGGGUCGUCUCCUCUAACGAUGUGGUGGAGGACGCGGACCUGUCGGAGGAGGUCGCUCCGGCGUUGCUGGUGGACAGCGCCGGGCUGUGGAAGCAGGCGUAUCCGUCCUCCAACGUCCUCGGGGACAGCGUGGAGACUCCCGGAGAGCUAGUCAAGCCCGAAAGCGACAAUGUGGCGCAGCUUUCCUCUCGCCUGUUUUCAUAUCGCCUGGAGAAAGUGAAGAAGUCCGCCAGCAGCAGCCCUCCUCCGCACCAGGAGACAGCCAGGACUGCCAGAUACAUAGCUCAUUACAGUGACUGGGGACAUCUGGCCACCAUUUCCACUCAGGACAAGAUCAAAGGUCUCCCCUUUGGGAACAUUUUCUCAGUCAGUGAUGGAACGCUGGACAACAGCACUGGAGUUAUCUACUUUUAUGUGACUCCGAUGGACAACACUGUGGCAGAUCUGAGAAUGAACCCCUACGCUUCUCUUACAUUCUCAGAGGCUGAGGGAGAAUUCUGCAGGCAAAUGGUGUAUGAUCCAGAAGAUCCAAGAUGUGCUCGACUCACCCUAACAGGCAAGAUGGUGGAAGUCCCCCCAGAGGAGCUCACUUUUGCAAAGGAGGCAAUGUUCUCAAGACAUCCUGUGAUGGCAAAGUGGCCGGUGGGACACAAGUGGUUCUUCAUGAAGCUGGAGUUGAUCCAGGUCUGGCUGCAGGACUGGAUCGGAGGCACGUCACUUAUUCCACUGGAGGACUACUUUAAAACUACCCCCUUCUGAGAAUAUUCCAACCCAUCCGUCAGCCUACAUAUCAUUUCAGCUGUCUACACCACAGAUGUCACUC